AUGCAUUUAAUUGGACAAUUUAACAAUGCAUUUAUCUUAACUCGAUUUGGCCCCCAUUUAUUUAUGAUUGAUCAACACGCUGCCGAUGAAAAAUAUAAUUUUGAAAUGCUUCAAUUAACAACUACAAUAAAAUCACAAAAAUUAUUUAAAGCUCAACUAUUGAAUUUUGGGCCGAUGGAUUUUGCUUUGUUAAGAGACAAUUUGGAUUUAUUUAAUAAAAAUGGGUUUGAAUUUGUUUUUGAUGAUGAUGUUUGUGAGGAGGAGGACGGUCAAAAUGAUGGGGACAUAACAACAACCAACGCCACCACUCAAAACUCUUCGGCCCGUCUUGUUGCCUUACCAAAUAUUGUUGGUCACAGUUUUGAUAAGCAUGACAUUGAUGAAAUCCUUUCAAUGAUUGCUGAAAUGCCCGGUCAAUUACACAGACCUCGAAAAGUCAGGUCUAUUUUUGCUUCAAAAGCUUGUAGAAAAUCUGUAAUGUUUGGACAUCCCCUUUCUGAAUUUAAAAUGAAACAAAUUAUUGAAAAUAUGGGAAAAAUUGAACAGCCGUGGAAUUGUCCACAUGGAAGGCCUACAAUUAGACAUUUAUGUACUGUUAAUUUAGGAUAA